GCGCCCGCCGCCUCCAAACGAAGCCGGGCCGGGCUGCGAGCUGCUCAUGGAGAAAGUGCCGGAGAUGGAGCUCGAGCGCAGGGAGCGCGGCGAGGAGCUGUCCGAGGCGGAGAGGAAGGCGGUGCAGGCGACGUGGGCCCGGCUCUAUGCCAACUGCGAGGACGUGGGGGUGGCCAUCCUGGUGAGGUUCUUCGUGAACUUCCCGUCGGCCAAGCAGUACUUCAGCCAGUUCAAGCACAUGGAGGAGCCCCUGGAAAUGGAGCGGAGCCCCCAGCUGCGGAAGCACGCCUGCCGGGUCAUGGGGGCGCUCAACACGGUCGUGGAGAACCUGCACGACCCCGAGAAGGUGUCCUCUGUGCUCGCCCUGGUGGGCAAAGCCCACGCCCUCAAGCACAAGGUGGAGCCCGUGUACUUCAAGAUCCUCUCCGGGGUCAUUCUGGAGGUGAUCGCCGAGGAAUUCGCCAACGACUUCCCGCCUGAGACGCAGAGAGCCUGGGCUAAGCUGCGCGGCCUCAUCUACAGCCACGUGACCGCCGCCUACAAGGAAGUGGGCUGGGUACAGCAGGUCCCCAACGCCGCCACCCCGCCGGCCACACUGCCUUCUUCGGGGCCGUAGGACCCCUUCCUCCUCCCCCCUCCCUGGCACCUUGAGCAGAAGGCCAGCUCUGAAGACUCUCCAUCCGGGUGCCCAGGACGCUGGAGGAAGCCCCGACUCGUCUGCUCUGAAAGAGGCGGCCACGCUGUGGCCACAGCCCCUGGGGAGCCUCCGCCCGGAUGCUGUCUCCGCUGGGGUGGUCUGGGGUGGGGGGCCCUUCCUCCCUGAGGGGCCGGGCCCAGUCUUCUUAGCUUUUCUACUCACCGUUAGAGACCUAGCCGAGCAGCCGGAGGAUGGGGCCGGCGUGGGGGGCCCGGCAGGAGUCAGCCCGCCCUGUUUCCACCUGCCCGGCCAGCAUGCGGGCCCCGUCACCCUCUAGCGCACCACGCACACCUACGUAUAUACAGGUCUAUUCCCCACACGGCCUCCACGCGAGCCUCAUAUACUACAGGCAUCUCUAUAACGGGCAUCCGCGGGGCCCAGAGGCCUCUGCGCGAGGGGCAGGGAGGGUCCUGGUCACGCUUCUGGGCAGGGAACAGAAUGUGCUGGCAGACGGGGGACCCACAUCUGCACAGAGAGGACGGGGGCCUCUGAGGCAGGGUUGGGGUGACCCGGCUUGCGGCAAAGCCCAGCCCCUUCUCUGAACAGCUCUCACACCCCUGCUUCCCACUUUCAGGCCAAAAGGAUUUGGCAGCCCUCGCCUCUGCCCCCCACAAAGGCUCCGGCUCCCCAACUUGCCCCCAAAUGGGCGAGGGCAGACAGGGGCCAGGGGGUCUGGAUGGGGGCAGGGCGAAGUAGGAAAGCCUGGACACGAACCCCACCUGUCUCUGCGGCUGAGACAGCCCAGGUUGGGGGGGGUCCAGUGCCUCCAGGGCUGUCUCCCCCCUGGGGCUCUGAGGACCCGAGGGCCUCCCUUCCCCGGCCCCUCCCGGUUGUGGGCGGCGGUCCGUCCUGUCCAUCGUCUGGGUCAGCGUUUCGGGGGACCGCCCCCCGCGUGCGCCUUGGUCAUGUGUAUCGUCCUCCAGGAUGUGUUGCUGCUGUGGCUGCUGUGCCGUGUCCCCCGUCCCUCCGUGCCGCCGUCUGUGACCGCCUGUCCUCCCGUUGUAGUUUCUGGUGUUCGUGGCCAGACCAUUAAACAGACUCGUUCUCCCUGCGUCUGUGUGCGCCUGGUCUGCUCCCGACCCGCCUCGCCUCCCUCCUGGUUCAGGGCCCCCCGGCUGUGUCCCUGCCGGACAGGCCCUGGGCCCUGCUGAGUCGGGGAUCACCUGUCUGAUAAGGAGCACAGGGCUGAAGGCUAGAAGCUGACUCGGGGGGAGGCCAGGAAGGGUGUCUGCCUAAGAAGGAAUAGGGAGGCUUUGUGUAUUUCGGAGAACAGCAAAGGCAGGUUUUGAAAUACACCGCUAAGAGGAGCAGCAGCCAAGGCAGGCGAGGUCUGCUGCGGUGAAAUCCCGAGGCUUUAAGCUUUUGUCCUGGAGAUCUCCCAGGCCAGGUCAGGUCGGGCAAGUGAGCAGCAGUCAAGGGACCGAUUUUCAGGAAGAAAGUCCCUCUGGCCGGGAACUCAAGGGAACGCUGGGCUGGAGCGCGGGCUUCUGGACAUGGCACACUGGAGAGCUGCGUGCCUGGGAGUUUGCUCUUAGCAUC